CGAGCAGGAAGUCUGGAUGAGAGGAAGCGACGUGAGCAGAGGAGAUGAGGUUCAGCAUUCAUAAUAAAAUGUGUUGGAGCCGGGCCCUGCUCCUCCUGCUGGUCCAGCUGCUGAGUGUGGAGGCAGUGCCCAUCAGUAUGGACAAAACAAAAGUCAAAGAGCCUGAGAAGAAGCCUGAGGAGCCUCCAGCUAGUGUGGAAACAGGACUCCACUAUGACCGCUACCUCAGGGAAGUCAUCGAUUUUCUAGAAAAAGAUCAGCAUUUCAGAGAAAAACUCCACAAUACAGACAUGGAAGACAUCAAGCAAGGUAAACUGGCCAAAGAGUUGGACUUUGUCAGCCAUCACGUCAGAACAAAACUGGAUGAGUUGAAGAGGCAGGAGGUAAACCGGCUCCGAACCCUGAUUAAGGCCAAGCAAGACCUUGAAGGAGGGAAUGACAUAGCUGUGGACCACCAGGCUCUGCUAAAACAGUUUGAAUACUUGAACCACAUGAACCCACAUACAUUUGAAGUGGAUGACCUGGAUCGGCUCAUCAAAUCGGCCACUAAAGAUCUGGAGAACUACGACAAAGAGAGACAUGAGGAGUUCAAGAAGUAUGAGAUGAUGAAAGAGCACGACAGACGGGAACACCUGAAGACACUGGAUGAGGAUGAAAGACAGAAAGAAGAAGAACACUAUGAAGAGAUGAGGAAAAAGCAUGCUGACCACCCUAAAGUCAACCAUCCAGGUAGCCAGAAUCAGCUUAAGGAGGUGUGGGAGGAAGCAGAUGGCUUAGACCCGGAGGAUUUUGACCCCAAAACCUUUUUCAACCUGCAUGAUACCAAUGGAGAUGGUUUCUUUGACGAACAGGAACUAGAGGCACUGUUCACCAAGGAGCUCGAAAAAAUCUAUGACCCAACACAUGAAGAGGAUGAUAUGGUGGAGAUGGAGGAGGAGAGGUUACGUAUGAGAGAGCAUGUUAUGAACGAGGUGGAUUCUAACAAAGACAGACUGGUCUCUUUAGAUGAGUUCCUGGUUGCUACAAAGAAAAAAGAAUUCUUGGAGCCAGAUAGUUGGGAGACGCUGGAGCAGAACCAGGCUUACACAGAUGAGGAGAUGAGGGAGUUUGAGGAGCACCUUGCUCAACAAGAACAGGACCUCAACCUGAAGGCUGUUGACCUCCAGAAACAGAGAGAUGAGCUGGAGAGACAACAGGAGCAGCUUAAUGCACAGAAAAUUGAGCUGCAACAGGCGGUUGAGCAUAUGGAACGGCUGAAAUCACAGAAAGUAGAACCCCCUCCUGAGGUUCAUGUUGAAGGAAAUUUUAUCCCAGAGGUACAUGCAGAUGACUUCCAGUUACAUCCUGACCAAGCAGCCCAACUCCAAGAGCAUCAACCUGAAGCCCAUGCCCAGGAUCUUCAAGAUACACCCCAGGAACAUAAUAAUCAACAAAAUCAAGACCCACAAGGCCAACAAGGUCUCCCCCAGACACACCAGGAUCUGCCACCGGGUCACCAAGAAGCCCCACAAGGCCUGCAAAACGUGCCAUAAAAAUGCAGUCAGAACUUGAGCCUGUACAACCUUACACCCAGACUUUUGCAGCCCCUCUGGUCCAGCGUGCAGAGGAGCAGUCCCUGCAGAUGAUUAGGCCUCUUUAACCAGCAUGACUUAGGGGGUUUGGAGGACUCUUGGGAUGAAGGAGAGCAGCACAAAAGGAAAUUCCUGUUAAACUAUACCAGUGUUCGAUAACUGUCAUUCUUGAAUUACAUAAAGGAAAGUAAAAUGAGCAACCAAGGACAUGCAUUUUAACACUACUUGCAUUUUCAAGGAGCUGAGUUUGAUAACUGAUUAUACAAAAAUAUAAUUUUGUGGAGCUUUCAUGGCCUACUGUUUGCUGUUGAAAGUAAGAACCUCUAAAACGACAACCUGAUGAUUUUCAUCCACGAGCCUGUUGGAUACAUACAGUGCAGCUGUUGAGGGGAAUAAGGUGUAAAAAGUUUUUUCAGACUUAUAAUUUUUGACUAUGGAUUUUCUGACUGAAUUAUAAAUAUACACAUGAACAUUUCAAACAAGAGUUAAGUGUUUAUUUUACGUGUGACUUGUUUGCAGGGUUUUUUCUCUGGAUAGCACUACAUAUUUGAGAAAUUUAGUGAGAUAUCUUUUUUUUUAAUGUUUUCUACAAUUUACAUUGAACUUAAAUUGCAAUAGAGGCACCAUAUCUUUAUACACCAUCUCAGUGUUUACAUUGACCAUUUACAUUUUAUAUCCAUUAUCUUCAGCUGCCACUGUUCUAAAAUAUUCCAUAUUUGAACCAACCAAUAAAUCAAUGUAGCCCAUGUUGCUCCAGAGACCUCAUACUUGUGUCAAGAAAUCAUUUUACAGAUGUUUCUGCUGCUUUCUUAAUGUUAAUUGUGGUUGCUGUCAUAACCUGUGUCAGCUGUUUACCUACAUUGAAACACUACUAUUUCAUUGUGUGUAGUCGGAAUAUUUUCUCAACUGUAGGAAAUGUGUGCUCUGCCAAAAGAGAUGAGUAAUGGAGUUUUAAAAUUGUCCACAUUACAGUUUUUCUCCAACACUUGAGGUUACAAUAUAUGCAGGUAUUCGGUUCUUAAAAUAAAGAUAGACAUGAAAUCACCCCCCAAACAACAAAAGUUUCCCCUCCAUUUCCUUACAGUCAGAGAUGCUUAUAAUACUACUUGCAGUAUGACUCUACAACUAUCAGAUUUGCAAAGCAACCCGAUUACCAUACAGAGUUGGCAGAUGGCAAACAUCUCAAAUAUUCAGCUGCUUUCUUACAGUAUAAUGGGGCAUUUUAAUUUUGGUCUGUUGUUCUUAUUAAUUGUGUUUGUGGCACAUUUAUUUAUGAGUUGAUCAAUGAGUUGAUUUUUGAUGUUAAAUAGAACAGUUUGGGUGUUGAGAAGUUCAUUCAAUUAAGCUGUAGAUCUUUAUUAUGGAUGUCUUUGAUCACAAUUGUCUGCAUCAAAGUAUUUUGUUGAGGCAGCUGUGGGAUUUGUUGAACUAGAUCAGUCAACUCAUUAGAAAAAAAAAAGGCAAAACAACAGCUGAGUCUGGUAUUACUACUGUCUCAAAAAAUGCAGCAGUCUGUCUCUGUUGUCUGUUAAAUCAAAAGUGUGAUCACAUGAAAACCUCUACAGUACAUUUGGUUUUUGUUUUUGCAUUCAGUUCACAUCACUGUAUUUGGCACUAGAAGUAUAUUACUAAUUUGAGGAAUUUCAUAGUAUGGCAUACUUUUUUUCCCAAUUCUCCAUUAGGUAUGAUUACACUCCAGGUUCCAUCUUGUGUUUUCAAUGCUGUAAUGCUGUGGUUUCUUUUAGCUAGCAGAGUGGUCAUACCAUACCGGUUUUGAGGUGUUUCCAUUGCAUCCUGUGAAUGAACAGGUCUGCCUUAUUGUGGUUCAGUUCAUACAAAAGUUAGACGUGGAAUAUAUGCUUUACUCUUUUUGUUGUGUCAUUAGUUUUUGUGCCAAGUGUUUUCUUUGAUACAAUACUGCAUCAUAAUUUGCACAAAAUGUACAGGUGCUGUUUUCAGAUUGCUUGCUGCUGGAUAAAAUAAUCAUUUGAUGAUUCUGUACACCUCAGUUCAAGAUAAUAAAAACAGUUAUGACCUUUCAGAUUAUGCAACAAUUUGAUCACUUUCUCAAUGAUCCAUCACAAUGUGUACUGUAAAAUGCCAGAAUUCAUGUACUACAAGCUAUUAAAUGUUGAAGAAUGAAAA